AUCUGUGUCAUUGUUCUAUCUGUGCUUUAGCCCUCUGAACGUUAGCCAAAGUUUAUCAUGAUAUUAUCUGACAAAAAGCUGUCACAUCAGCAGCUGAUGUUCCUCUCUGAAUGUCAAAUGGAAACAAACGCCAACGUUAGCUACCGGUUAUAUAAACAAGGAGCUUCAGUACACUGCAGUCUCCCAGGCGUCUAUCUUAUCAGUCAGUACAACUGGCUAAACGUACAAAACUGGACUUUAAUCACCCCUAUGAAGAUCAUUCAACUGGAAGAGUUGGACUGAAUGCUCUGUUCUUCACAUGCAAGAGACUUCAAACGUGCAAUUGCAAAUGCAUGUGAGAUCUUGUCUAUAUUGAGUGUAAAUUCAUGUAGGCUAACUAGCUAGGUGUACCUUUCAAAACAAGCUGAUAUAUACUUUGCUAAUCCAUCUGAAGCUUUUAACUGUAACUGAAGCUGUUGUAUAGCUAUCAAUAACAAUGUCUCGCUCCUCUCUUUGAAGUGAAAAAUGACUGGGAGAAGCCAUCACUAUGGUUUCCAGUCAGCCACGACGAUGCAGCCUGCCAAUGGAGGACAUGCCUACCUAUUUGGGAACAGCGCUGAGAACGAUCUCUCUGAGGAGGAUGGAGAGAGCUACGAUCUGCGCACCCGAGGCCGGGACCGGAGGAGCACCUCCAGGGAGAGGUCAGAUGACAUUGUCCACCUGGUCCGAGACAUUAAAGAAGGGGACACUCUGAAUAGCUUCUCCCUGCAGUACCACUGCUCAGUAAGUCAACCUUAAAUCCCUGUCUUACUCUCUAAUGACAAGCCCUUUCAGACAGACCGGACAUGUAGCUUUGACUUCUUACACUACUUUUUUGCAACACAAAAGUAAAGUGAACUUUGUUAUGUCUCUGUGUAUCGUAGGUAGCAGACAUCAAGAGGGCCAACAACCUGUUGACAGAGCAGGACUUCUUUGCCCUGAGAUCCAUCAAGAUCCCUGUGAAACGCUUCAGCGUGCUGACGGAGACCCACAACACUGCUCCUCGCAAAUCUGCCUCCCCCACAGUCCCCCGACGCAUCCACCAGCCCCCCAUCUCCACAGAGACUUCCACAGACUCCUCUUCCUCCUCGUCCACAGACAGUGUGGGCAGCUUCCUGCAGGAAAAGGACAAGGACAUAGAGCUGCUGGUCAAGUCCACUGGCACCUCCAGAAGCAGCCUGAACGAGGUGGUCUCCUCCCUGACCCUCCAGCAGCCCUUACUACUGGGGGAGCCUGACUUCAAGCCUGUCCUCAGGAAGGACCCCUACCAUGGGGCAGACUGGGGCAUGAGGUGGUGGACGGCGGUGGCCAUCAUGGUGGUGGUUGGCAUCGUCACACCAGUGUUCUACCUGCUGUAUUACGAGGUGCUGAUGAAGGUGGAUGUGAGCCACCACACCACCACGCCGUCGGCCAAUCCCAAGGGCAUGCAGCAUGCCCAGAUUCCUGAGCCUGUGGCAAUCAAUGGAGAGCCCAACUCAAGACCUCAGGCUGGAAACAUACCUAAACCAGACUCACAUGGACACAGUGAUGUGGAUGGCCACCUUGACCCCAAGAAAGAGAAAACGUAGUGAGGGUGAGAGUCACACUGAAGGAGUGGGAGAUAUUUCUGAGCAGUUAAAUAUGGUACAAUCUCUCUGAGAAUCACUUAAUGGGGAACAGAAUCCAUUGGAAAAUGUAUAAUAAUUUGCCAUGGACAUACAGAAUUAAUGUUUUAAAAAAAUGUUUUUAAAGCACUUUGUUUUUUGCACAGAGGUACCCAACUGCUUAUUGUCCCUUUUUGUCAGCUGAUGGGACUGUUUCUACCAUAAAGCUGUCUACAUGGUUUGUGCUAUCUGGGAUCCUUGGGACACCCCUACCCUUAACCCCUAUAUUUUACCAUAACCCUUACCCAUAUUACAUUUUAACUUUAAUGGGUUGAUGUCAGAGUUGGACGUCCCAAUGAUCCCGGAUAGCAAUGACCCUGUCUAAAGUGAGGGUUAGUUUCUUGGUCAGAAAAGUACUGAUUGCUACCACUUAUCAUAGAGAAUACUUAAUGACAGUAAUUUGAGGAAUAUUGGUCUUAUACUUACAAUAUCAGUAUUGUCUAAGAUGUGUUGCAAAUAAUCUUGAACAUUGCUUGUAUAUAUUUUUGCCUGUCUAGGGAGAACUGCAUUUUGACUCACAAAACCUGUAUCUCUACUUAGGGCAUGGUGACAACAGGAAAUGCACAAUAUUCCCAAACACUAGCUAGCUAAAUUCUAGUGAAAUGUUAUUUUAGUUCCUUUUCCCCAUUAUGUCCAUUUCAUAAAAUCAGUAUGUGCCUUCAACCUGUGGAACACUA